AUGACAAUCCAACCCACCGGCCUCACAGUCCCCCUCCUAAUCAAUGGCCACGAAGAAAUCACCCCCCAAACCUUCCCCGUAACAAGUCCCUACACCAACAAAACUAUUUGGACCGCCUCAGCCGCAACACCGCAAGAUGCAAUCCGCGCUGUCGAAGCAGCCAACGCCGCCUUCCCCUCAUGGUCACAAACAAAACCAACCGUGAGACGCGAUAUCCUUCUCCGAGCCGCUGAUAUCCUCGAAGCCCGCCUCGAGACCAACGCCGAGUACAUGCGCCAGGAAAUGGGCGCAGACGUCGGCGCCUCUGCGGGCUUUGUGGUCCCGCUCGGAGUGCGCAUGCUGCGUGAGGUUGCCAGCCGUAUUACAUCUAUUUGUGGAAGUGUGCCUGUCGUAGAGAUGGAGGGGCAGAGUGCGAUUGUUUUCAAGGAGGCGAUGGGUGUUAUUCUCGGGAUUGUACCAUGGAACGCUCCCUACGUCUUCGGUAUCCGUUCUGCGGCUUGCGCGCUCGCAGCUGGAAACACGACAGUCCUUAAAUCGUCUGAAAUAACACCCCGCUGCUACUGGGCUAUCGGCCGCGCCUUCGAAGACGCCGGUCUCCCCGCCGGCUGUUUGAAUAUUAUUCAUUGCGCCCCGCAGGAUGCCCCCAAGGUCGUUAAUGCCAUGAUCGAGCAUGAGGCCGUGCGCAAGAUCAAUUUCACCGGUAGCACAGCUGUUGGUCGGAAGAUUGCACGCGCCUGCGGUCAGAAUCUUAAGCCUUGUCUUAUGGAGCUGGGUGGGAAGAAUAGCUCGAUUGUUUGUCAUGAUGCUGAUUUGCAGACUGCCGUGGGGGGAGUAUUGGCGGGAGCGUUUUUGAAUUCUGGUCAAAUCUGCAUGGCAACCGACCGAAUCCUCGUCCACACCUCCAUCCUUCCGGCCUUCACAGAAGCACUAAAAAAGGCCCUCGCCGCCGGCGCCGCAGCCUCAUCCCUCCCGCCGACACUCGUGAACGUAGCCUCCAAGAUCCGCGUCGAAGCCCUCAUCGCCAGCGCCGUCUCAGCAGGCGCACAUUUCAUCUCCGGGUCUGCGGAUAGCAUACCGACCGACUCGGGGGUGCGCAUGGCGCCCGCCGUGCUAGGCGGCAUGAAGGAAGAUAUGGCGCUGUGGCAGGAGGAGUCUUUCGCAUCUGUUGCGGCGUGUAUGCCGUUCGACAGCGAAGAAGAGGCGAUCCGUCUCGCAAAUGGGAGUGGGUAUGGGCUUUCGGCGUCUGUUUUCACGGAGGAUCUGCGGAGGGGCUUGGCGAUGGCUAAGCGGAUUCAAUCUGGGGCGGUCCAUAUUAAUAGUAUGACGAUCCAUGAUGAGCCGGCUCUUCCUCAUGGCGGUGUGAAGAAUAGUGGCUGGGGUCGGUUCAAUACUGAUGAGGGAUUGAAUGAGUUUUUGGUUACGAAGAGUGUGACCUGGAUGGAUUAG